AUGAGUCAUAAAUUACCACCCAGCAAGACUCUUCACUCUCAUGAAAACAAGCAUCCAGCUGAGCAAUCCGACAACCUAAUACAACCAAAGGUCUCACCUUCAACUCUUGGAUCUUCUCCAUUUAGACAAGGACCAAAGAAACCGCACAACAUAUUUUUUAAUGCGUCCAUCUCUAUUUCUCAGCUGAAAGUGAUGGGAGACAUUGAUAUAAUUGAUGAAGAAGCGGAUGAUAGCCCUGAAAACGUCAUAAGCUGGGAGCAGAAUAAAAUUCGAAUCGACAAUCUCAAAAGCAAAAAUUCCUCCAUAAGCCCAGUAGACUCUUUAAUAAUCAAAAAAAUUGAGGAAAAACAGCCACUUGAAAAAGCUUCACCUCUACAAGUCUCCCAUAAAGUUAGUGAAAUUAAAAAAAAGUUUGUAUGAGCUGAGGUCUCCUAUGACUCAGAUUUCACACCUACCCCAGUCAAUGAGAUCAAGCCAAAAGAAAAGGCAAACCAUAUAGAAAUAAAACAAGAGCCAGUUAUCUUGCAGGCACCUCCUCUUAAGCCAGCAGUUUUGAAACGGAAGAAAAGAGGCGAAUUUCAAGAUGAAACCAUUAUUCAGAACAGAUAUACAGGUAUCCUUAAGUUUUAUAAGCUGAAAAACAGAUUUGGAUUUAUUGCUAUGGACGAUGGGUCAACUGAUGUGUUUAUAUGUGAAGAUGAUCUGGUCCUAUCAGGAGUUAACCUUAAAAAGUUCAAGCAGGACGUAUACAAUAAAAUACCAAUUCAGCUUAGUUUUUUGAUAAAAGAAUACGAAGACAAAGGUAAACCCAAAAGAAAAGCGGUUGAAAUAUCUAUGACUGAAAAUAAAAUUCCUGAAUAA